GGUGAAGGCCUGCGCGUGCGUCACAACCAUCUUACAUGGUAUUGACUGGCCGUGUAGUGUGAGAUUGUAAAUAUUGUUAUUGUCGUGUGUUGUGACUUAGUGAUCGAAUUUAAUUAAUGGUGGUGUGAGUGGAUGGUGUCGUGGUGUGUGUUAAGCGAUGUGAAAGCGACCGGGACCGGUGGACACGGCUACGGCGACGAUGCUCUCCUCGCGAUGCGGUGGACCGUCCGCCAUUCGUGCUCCAGGUGCCUGUGUUGCUUGUAAAUAUUGCGACGACCCUUCGCGGGGGCCGCUUAAUACUCUAGAGCAUUGUCAGUAUAGAAGCUGUAAUGUUCGAAUGGGGCCUGGUCGUGGACCCCGUGCGAUUGUGAACGGUGAUGUGGCAUAAGCCAUGGACGCGGAGGUGAAACAACGUAACCGGCGGAGGAAACGGGCCCAGCGUAUGCAGCAGGCGGCCCAGAGGGAAAGCAAAGUCGCCCCGAAGGACGGGGACAGUGGCGAGGAGGACAGCGAGUGCACGGUGCGACGGGAGAAGCCCUUGCGGCCACCCAUUCGACGUAAAAAGUCAAAGGAACCCCUCGUCGAAGAGGACAUCAUCGACGGCUUCUCGAUACUUGGAUUUCGUUCCUAUGACGAUCUCGAGAGCGUCAUCAAGCUCGCUGGAAAGGACGUUAAGCGGUUCUUGGAUGAGAAAGCAAAUCGUCAUGAGAGCCGCCCGCACAUUACCCACCACAUAUCUGCACAUCCGACACCAGUUGUACAUGGUUUGACUCUAACUCAUCAGGAUCCGGGUACAAGUGAUGAUAGUGGUAGAGCUUCCGAACGAUUAACCGGUUCUUCAGUAGCACCACGAGAUGCCGAUAGUUCUAGAGAUCGCCUUAGUGAUGCCAGCAGUCGAUGUAGUUCCGGAAAAGGAUAUAUCUGUGAUAGCGAAGGAGAGGAUGAUAAGGGUUCCGAUGCUAGUUCGGUGAUAUUUGGUGCAGCUCCAGCUUCACGAAAGCACGAAUUCCCUGGAGCGUUACCUCCUAGUCUGCCGCUUAGCAAUGGCACUAGCAAUUCACCAGUACCGGCGCCAACGCCACCAAACCUUCCCGCUCCUUCGCCCGCACCCGCACAACAGCCACCGCCACACCCAAUUUCGAACCAUCGAACGGGAACCACCACCACUGUCUCUGCAGCGACAGUUGUCAGUACCGUACCCAGUGGCGGUGGUGUAACGAUACCCUGCACCACCGUGCCGGUAACGAUGCCCCAGCCCGCUGCAGCACCGGUCGCCCACCACCCUCCCGCAUUUGUGUCCACGACGAAUCAUGGAAGAACCGAAAGUCCAGCGGUCGCCACCUCGGCGAACGCGGCAGUUGCACCAAGCGGGAACGGCGCCGCCGGUGGACAAUACCACCAUCCAACGUAUCAGCCCCUCUACGCGCCGUACGCAGUUCAUAACACCUACAGCUCGCAAUCACCAUCGCCGGCGGUUACCGCAAGCACAACAACCGUUCCUAGCUGCCAACAACCGCCAACGACCGCCGUCACCACCGUUCCCGCUAUCGUUACCAGCCACAGGGACGCGAUAGUCAGCAGAACCGUCUCGCCAAAGGGCCACAGCCCGAGCAGGGAGAGGGAAAGCUAUAGCAGUAACGUUAGCAGUUUAAGUAGAAGUAGUGUAACACCAAUAAGUUGUCCGCCGCCCACUUCAGUCUCAUCUAGUCUGGCUUUACCCAAAAGUUGGAGUGGAGCCAAUUCACAGUUAAGUCCCGCACCCCCCCGACCCACGCCUCCCUUACACUCGUCGUUUCCCUCGCCAAUGUUCGCGGCACCAUUGCCUCCGCCUGUGACGAGCGCGAGUCCGUUAACUUCGACCAUCGCACCUCCUCCGCCGAACCCAAAUCCCUUCUCGGCCGAAAGUCUCUUUCAAUCAAAUCAAGCAGACAUGCUACGCCGAGAAUUAGAUAAUAGAUUUUUAGCCUCACAAGAUCGAAGUUUAAACAUCGGUCCUCCGCCUUAUCUUCGUGCCGAAAUGCACCAACAUCAACACCAUCACACACACGUGCACCAGCAUACCACAUCAAUUUUACCGCCGCCUCCCCCCUCGGCAUCGACGCUGUUCCCGUCACCAUUGUUUAAGGAUAUUCCAAAAUUGGGCACCAUGGAUUCGCCAUUUUAUCGUCAAAACAUCGGCUUGCCCGGAUAUCCGACGUACUCGUCAAGUCUCCUGCAUCCAGGCUUAACGGGCCCGACGCCUUUCGUUCCACCGAACCACCUGCCGCCGUUUCAGCCGAAGGUAAAGCCUACGCCACCGCCUGACCCUACUAAGCCUAAGAUUGUGAAAGCAGGAAAAUGGAACGCGAUGCAUGUACGAGUAGCGUGGGAGGUCUACCAUCACCAGCAGAAAGAGUCGAAGGGUAGCUCGGUGAAGCCGGAUCUUCUCCGUACGCCCUCCCACCUGUUUCCGCCUAGCGUUCCUUUCUCGCGUCACCACGAUAUAUCGUUCCCGCCGAGUUUGAGCACGCAUCGUCCGCCGACGUUCGAGCAGCCGCAUCCUGGUCUCUUCGGAUCGGCAGGACCCCACAUAGGUAGUACAAUUUCGCCAUUUGCAAGGUACGGUGCGGGAUAUACAGCGGGUAGUUCUCCGUUUGGCGUUUCUCCAUUGGUGAGCGCCAGAGAUUUAUCGCUGGGUCCCUUGCACGAUCCUUGGAGAGGACUGCAGCGUACCGUUCCCGUAUUUCCUCCCAGCGUAAAUGCGUUACCGCCGAGCGUAACCGGGCUGCCUCCGCCGGCGCCGUGGUCGCUAAAGCCGGAUCCCAUCCUGGAGCAGCGAGAGAGGGAGGAACGUGAAAGGGCAGAAAGAGAAAGGGAGAGAUUGAGGAGAGAGCGCGAAGAGAAAGAGCGAAGGGAACGGGAGGAGAGGCAAAGAAAAUUAGAGCAACAGCAACAACAAGAGCGGGAAAGGGAGCGGGAGAGGAGAGAGAAAGAACGAAGAGAGCUUGAAAGGAGGGAACUAGAGCGACAGCAAGAGCGUGAGCGUUUAUUACACCAACAGAGGCUAGUAGAAAGCAGCAAGCAGCUGGCACCGUCGAUUCUACGCGAUAGAUCGCCUUUGCGCAAUGGCACCAUGGACCCUAACGACAUCCGAGUGAAAGAAGAGCCUCGUAUCAAAGAGGAAGACCGCUACCAUCCGUACGUUCGACAGCAUCCGGCCUUGCAGCACUCGUUGCCUCACAUGCUGGACCGCUCGCGAGUUUUACCGCCCUACCCGCCUCCGCCGACCACGCACUGGCCGCCGUCGCCCGCGGAACACUACUACCGAACGUACGACCCCCUUAGGUACAAUCCGCUAAUGGACGCGGCGAUUCGCGCCGAAGAAGAACGGGCGAAACUAUUCGGCGCAUACGCGCACCAUCAGCAAUUUCGCCCCAAAGAUCCCGGCCUUCUACACUUACGCGCGAACUCCGGACCCGGACCUCCGCCGCCGACCCAUAAACUAUGUCCGACACCUCCGACAGAUUUGCACAAAAAGGAGGAGCCCCGAUAGCGACAGCUGUGAUGAGACUGUUUUUACGUACGGGGGGUUUAUUGUGUGUGUGCGCGUGUGUGUCUGCAUAUUUUUGGUUUCUUAGAACGGACCCGUCGACAUUUUUCUUCACUAUCGACCAGAAAUAUUGGCACACGUUUUGAUCUCAUUCGUAUAAGCGUAAUCAAAACAGGGGUGCCGCCCCGCAAAAUAUUUUUACAAGUGGUUUUGUAUCUGGACAGUCUGAAUGUUUUAGUAUUAUUAUGCAUUGUGUGUUGCCAAGCCUUUCAGCCUACCCAGGACCAGCUGCUGAACUGAUGGGGCCCCACAUUUUUAACACUGUAGAGCUUACUGUGAUAGUGUCAGAGUUGUAUUUGAAUUUGGAUUUUUAAAAACGAAAGCACAUGCCCACUUUAUAAGUAAGUAAGUGUAUAUUUUUGAUAUAUGUCUCUUCGAGAAUGAUCGGCUCAAUUUCUUGUCCGGCUAGUAUGGAACGCCGUUUUACUAUUUUUUCCGAAUUAUAUUAAUUCUGUAUAACAAAAUGUUGAAUUGCGAAAAACACAUUUAAAUGCUUAUUAUUCCUAAACAGUUUAAAUCUGUGCAAAACUAGUCAUUUUUAUGUGCCUACAAACGUGAUGGUGAGGUGAACUAAAUAGUGUAGCAGCGUUCCAUAGGCUAGUGAGGCGAUCAGGCGACAUUCGACGGAAUUGUGGGGAUCAUUCGUGUGAUAAUUUAAAAAAGUAAUCAAAAUAUAAUUUUGAAAGUGAAAUGUUGAAUUUGGGGGCUCCAACGAUUGCAGCCUUAUCAUCUGCCUCUCGAGUGUAAAUAUAAUUGCUUCUGUAAUAUUAUACCCAGUGAGUAGCACUCUGUCGGGUUAUGUGAUUCGAUCAAAGUGUUUGUAUUUAUUCGAAAACCGUUAUUUAUUGCCUUAGUCGCCGAUUUUUCCUCGUACAGAGUAAUUCACCUACGCUCCUUUCCUUGUCACGAAAAUUCAGAAUUGUCUCCAUGUGAUAUCUAUAAAGGCACAUCGUCUUUGUCACUGUAGCACACAAUGUAUUUUAUUUUUAAAAAAUGCUCCGUAUAAAGGGGAAACGUGCUAUGAAAGGGAGCUGUUUAGGUAACUUAUCCUGUAUUUACCUAUUCUUUAUUUAUACCUGUAAACUACAUAUUUAUUUAUUGAGUGUUACGUCACUCGCCACUGUAUUCAUAGUAGCCGCACAUAGAGGUGUAAAAUUAAAAAUGAAAUGCUCUAGUUAGUGCCAAAAGUUUCGGGAAGAGGACCAAAAUAACAUCUUCAUCGUGAUCAUUGCUAAACUUCAUUUGAAUCGAUAUGGUACAGUGGCGAAUGCGUUUGAGCGAGUCACGUAACGGCCUCGAGGCGGUGACGUGUAGCGUUUAACGUUACUUUUAGGUAAGCUCAACCAUACUCGCAUGUAGAUAUAUGACGCCUUCGUGACAAACAUUUCGAUAUUUGUAGAUAAUCAUCGUGCUCUAUUUAAUGUUUGUUAGGAAACAAUUUUUUAUGUGUACGAUUCUAAAAGAAUCAAGUGAUGUAAUAUAUAUUAAUAAAUAUUGUUUCUAUAA